AUGUUCACUGAUGGGUCCUGUCGUCUUGUGGGAAAGCAUCAGAGGUGGAAGGCUGCUGUAUGGAGUCCUGUACAAAUCGCAGAAACUGCUGAGGGAGAAGGUGAAUUGAGUCAGUUUGCAGAGGUAAAGGCUAUCCAGCUGGCCUUAGACAUUGCUGAAUGGGAAAAGUGGCCAAUGCUCUAUCUUUAUACUGACUCAUGGAUUGUGGCAAAUACCCUGUGGGAGUGGUUACAGCAAUGGAAGCAGAGCAACUGGCAGCGCAGAGGCAAACCCAUCUGGGCCGCCACAUUGUGGCAAGAUAUUGCUGCCCGGGUAGAGAACCUGGUUGUAAAGGUACAUCACAUGGAUGUGCACAUCCCCAAGAGUCAGGCCACUGAAGAACAUCUGAACAACCAGCAGGUAGAUCAGGCUGCUGAGAUUGAAGUGGCUCAGGUGGAUCUGGACUGGCAACAUACAGGUGAAUUAUCUAUAGCUCCAUGGGCCCAUGGCACCUCAGGCCAUCAAGGAAGACAUGCAGCAUACAGGAGGGCUUGUGAUUGA